AUGGAAAGGGAAUAUUUAGGCCGAGAAGAUCGGUCGCACGAAAGUCUGGUGGGAAACAGCCUAAAUAAGUCAUUUGGAAGCACUCAGGCCACUGCUUCAUUCGAUGCUCGUCUUUUAAACCGAGCCGACUUAUUGACUAAAGAAGGUCUAGAUGCCGACCAAAAUACAUUCAAUUCCAGCCGGGCUUUACAAACACAUGACUUAUCGGGGGUUCUAAACAGUAUCAAUGGCGGGGAUAAGAGUUGGGAUAAGAAUUGGGAUAAGAGUUGGGAUAAGAAUUGGGAUAAGAACUGGGGGAAUAGUGGCUUAGGCAAGGGAUUGAGUGGUGGACUGGAUAAGGGAUUGGGUAGAGAUUUGGGAAGUCGUGGGGAUGUAAAUGGCGAAGGAGUUAGUGCCAGUCCAAUAACUCAGUAUGUUUUGACGGCCUUUAAUGACGUUUGUAAGAAAAUAGACGUAAUUCACCAUACGAUUGAGAAGAACAAUUUAGAAAGAGAUAGUAGUUCUUUAGACACAAUGCUAGUGGAAACUAGAGAAGAGAAUGAACCGGAAGGUUGGUUUAAACGACUCAAGAAGAUCUUUUACGGUCGAAACGAGGAAGUACCAGAACUUGAGUCUUCUGAUGAACCAGAAUCGGUAGUUCUUAAUCUCUCAGCUGAACUAGACACGUUGAAACAAACACUUAGCGGUCUAAAAGAAACAUACCAAGAAGUGCAGCAGGAAGUACGUCGAGUUUCAGCUGAAGCUAUGUUUGUGGCCCAAAAAGCCGGUAGUCAGCAACAAACUAGCACUGAUAUGGCCGGUUUACUUAACGAAGUAAAGACUCGACUGCGCUUGCGUAAGAAAGAACUAGCUGAAGCCCGUGCCCAACUAAGUACACGAAGUACGGCCGAAACGGCCCUGGCUAAAGUAGCAAGUACAGUUUCUUCUCAAAUUGGCCGUAUUCUUGUUCUAAUGGACAAGCCAGAAUGUGCAGAAUCCCUCCAUCGUGAAUUACUAGAUGGUAAUUUGCAUCGCUUAGUUGGCGCCUUUUUGGAUAUUGAAGGACACUUACGCGAAGUUCUUCUGAAGAGUGAGAAGAUCAGAUCGGCUAAGAUUACUUCAUUAGAAGAGAAGAAUCUUCAGCUUCUUCAAGAGAUCCGCAAGAAGGAAGAAGAAACGAAUGCUCUAGUUCGUGAGUUAGAUCGGGUCAAGGAAGAUAAGGAUGCCAUCAUUAACAAGCAAAAACUAACGAUCAAACUCCUCCAGAGUAAGAUUGGGCCUUUCAAAGAGAGCUAUCAGCAUGCGCCUAAAGAGAAUAGGCUUUUGCCCAUUUCAACCGAUUUAUCUCUGGCCAAGCACUCUUAUGCCUACCAUUCGACACCAAGCACAGUUUCAGUUCAAGCCGGCCCACCGCCCAAGAAGCCGACUUCGCCAAUCAUUGAAGAACUUGAGAAGCGGAUUGGCCAGCUGCGCAGUAGACUCAGCAGUGUAGAUGCCCAAAGCCCGCACUACCAGGCGUAUCUAGACGAAAUGGAAGACUGUAAAAGACGACUUACUGACUUCUUACACAUCUAG